UCUCGAUCAGAGAUCCCCUUGGUAAAUGCACUCGUUAUCAGUAACAAACCAUUCUAUCCAGGACCUUCUGCUCACUUGGAAGGCAUCAGCACUCCGCCAUCAUACCGGUGAUGAUCGCUACAGAGGACCGACCUCUGGCAGCGGCUGCUCAUUUCUAUCCAUCGCCCCUUUGCCUGGGGAUUCACGGAGCCUAUCAUUAUCUUCAUGUCGCUUUAUCUAACGAUCAUUAAUAUCAUUCUUCUUCUGUUUCUGGAGGGAUAUCCCUUUAUCUUCACCGAUGUCUACGGCUUUUCGGAAGGUAAAGAGAACCUCGUAUGGGAACCAUAAUCGUGGCCGUCCAGGUUCCAGCCGUCUGGUCCUGGACCAUCAAAGAAUACAGGCAGCUGAACAGGAUCCGGCCAGAGACCAGGCUCUGGUUUGCGAUGCUGGGAGGGGCGCCAGCUAUCCCUGUCAGCCUAUUUUGGAUGGCAUGGACCAGCCGUGAAAGUAUCUUAUUUCGCCCGGUAUCCAUCAGUGCAUGGUCCCCGACCAUCGCAACCGGCCUUUUCGGCUUCGGCAUAACCACGGUUUUCGUCAGUGCUCAUAUGUAUGUCAUCGAUUCGUAUGUAAAGCAUUCUGCAUCGGCGCUGGCGAUGCUAGUUCUGUCACGGUACUUGGCUGCGGGUGGCAUUACUGUCGCAGGCAAUCCGAUCUAGUCCAGCCUAGGGGUGCCGUAUAUACCCUUACGGCGUUGGGUUCGGUGAGUGCUGUGAGGGGACUCAGCCCCUAUAUCUUUUAUUAUCAAGGGGCUCGGAUACGGUCUUGCAGCAAGCAUACUGUUUUGCGUGAU